UGUUGAGCACAGAGCUCCACGGAUUACCCAGUAGAGAUCAUCGUCCUCUCUCUCUCUCUCUCUCUCUCUCUCUCUUUCUCUCUCUCUCUCACACUCUCUGCACAUAUCAGCGAUUCUUCACCCAAAGAAGUGGAUGCGCGACAGCAGAGCGCCAAAGAAGCCUCUGAUUCUUCCAGGUUGACAACAAACUGUUAACAGCAUGCCUAAGCAAGUGGAGGUACGAAUGCAUGAGAGCCACCUGGAGCCCAUCGAGGCCACACCACGCUCCAAAUGUGCGCUCAUCUGCCAGAAGAUGCGCAAGAACCUGCUCCUCACACUCACAGUUUUGGGUGUGAUACUGGGAGCUGUAUUUGGUUGUCUGCUGCGUGUGGCCUCUCCUAUCGAUGACAAUAUUGUCAUGGUAAUUGCAUUCCCUGGAGACAUUCUAAUGAGGAUGCUAAAAAUGCUUAUCCUUCCUCUCAUCAUCUCCAGUUUAAUCACAGGCCUUGCAGGUCUAGAUGCCAAGUCUAGUGGCCGUCUGGGUACCAGAGCCAUGAUUUAUUACAUGACCACCACUAUAAUUGCUGCCGUGCUGGGAGUAAUACUGGUGCUGAUCAUCCAUCCUGGCAACCCCAAACUAAAGGAGGGACUUGGAGAAGGACUCAAGAACGAUGAUGUCUCAAGCCUUGAUGCUUUUUUUGACCUCAUUAGAAACCUCUUCCCUGAGAACUUGGUGCAGGCUUGCUUCCAGCAGAUCCAGACUGUUGUAAAGAAGGUUGAGAUUGAACCAGAAUAUGAUGACACCAACAGUACCAUGGAUGAAUUCCUUUCGGGUGCCACCAAGCCUCCUCCCAUAUUCAAGGACAAGAAGUCCCUGCAGUUUAAGAGUGGAAUGAAUGUUUUGGGUUUGAUUGGAUUCUUUAUUGCCUUUGGUAUCUGCAUGGGAAAGAUGGGUGAGAGGGCAAGGCUUAUGAUUGAAUUCUUCAACAUCCUGAAUGAGAUUGUGAUGAAGCUGGUCAUCUUGAUCAUGUGGUAUUCUCCCUUCGGUAUUGCCUGCUUGAUCUGUGGCAAGAUUAUCUCCAUCAAGGAUUUGGAAGUAGUGGCCAGACAGCUGGGGAUGUACAUGGUUACAGUCAUCAUUGGCCUCAUCAUUCACGGUGCCAUUUUCCUACCAUGCAUUUACUUUGCUAUUGUGAGAAAAAAUCCCUUCAGCUUCUUCAUGGGUAUCUUCCAAGCCUGGAUCACUGCCCUGGGAACGGCUUCAAGUGCUGGCACGCUUCCUGUCACCUUCCGCUGUCUAGAGGACAACCUGGGCAUUGACAAGAGAGUAACCCGCUUUGUACUGCCUGUUGGUGCAACAAUCAAUAUGGAUGGCACUGCUCUUUAUGAGGCAGUAGCUGCUAUCUUCAUUGCCCAGAUGAAUGGCAUUGUCCUGGACCCUGGUCAGAUUGUUACAGUCAGUCUUACAGCUACUCUGGCCAGUAUUGGAGCAGCCAGUAUUCCCAGUGCAGGUCUGGUCACCAUGCUGCUCAUUCUGACAGCAGUGGGGCUGCCAACUCAGGAUAUCAGUCUUCUGGUUGCUGUUGACUGGCUUCUGGAUCGUUUCCGUACUUCUGUCAAUGUGGUCGGUGACUCAUACGGUGCUGGGAUUGUGUAUCACCUGUCUAAAGCUGAGCUGGAUGCCCUGGAUGCUCAGCAUGGGAAGUCUGAUGACAUAGAGAUGACCAAGACACCGUCCUACUAUGAUGACCUCAAGAACCAUCAUGAAAACAACUCCAACCAGUGCGUCAUUGCUGCUCCAAAUUCAGUCGUAGUAGAUGAGUGCAAGGUAACCUCGGCGGCCACAAAUGGCUCGACUACGGAGUUUGCACUCGUUGAAGAGGAACCGCAAAAGAGUGAUUAAUGCGAGCACACAGAUCCUCCUGUAUUCAAGUCCCCAAGCUUUUUAUCUACUGGAAAAAGAGAGGAAUAAAAAGACCUGCUGAA